UUCAGCCAAUCGUUUUUCAGGCUCAUGGCCCGUCAUCCAAUUGUAAUGUGUCUUGAGGAAAUAGGCGGGGUGUAGCAUCCCUCACUCCUUCUUCUUCUGUGGUGCCACCGAGUUCAACUUCCGGCUGCAUCGUCCUCUGGAAAUCACAACAAUGGGCAGUGUUUUGGCUGCCAGCUCCCCUAACCCUCCACCACCUGCCUCUGGCGGUGUUGCUGCUGCCCCUGGGUUGACGGUGCCACCAGGCUUUGGGAUGCCUCCAGUAUCCCCAGUUAUACCCCCUACUGGGGCAGCCUCAGAGCAGGCGGAAGAAAACCCUUUACCUAACCCGGGAGCAUUUGAUGAGUGUCAUCGCAAGUGUAAAGAGGUUUUCCCUAUGCAGAUGGAGGGCGUCCGGCUAGUUGUCAACAAGGGCCUUAGCAAUCACUUCCAGGUGAAUCACACGGUGCUGCUGAGCACCAGCGGAGAUUCCACCUACAGGUUCGGUGCUACAUACGUUGGAACAAAGCAGAUGGGUCCAGCAGAGUUUUUUCCAGUCAUGGUGGGAGACAUGGACAACAGUGGUAGCCUUAACGCCCAGAUCAUCCACCAGGUCGCCACCAGAAUACGAUCUAAACUGGCCUUCCAGACACAACAACACAAGUUUGUGAACUGGCAAGGCGACGCGGAGAUUAAGGGAGAAGAUUUUACUGCAACCAUUACACUUGGAAACCCAGAUGUCCUUGUCGGCUCUGGGAUUAUUAUCACACACUACCUCCAGUCCAUAACGCCGGCUCUGGCUCUGGGAGGGGAGCUGGUGUACCACCGCAGGCCGGGAGAGGAAGGCACAGUCAUGUCUUUAGUGGGCAGAUACACAGGCAGUAACUACAUCGCUACAUUGACACUCGGCUCAGCCGGGGCUCAUGCUUCAUACUAUCACAAAGCCAACGAGCAGUUGCAGCUGGGCGUGGAGUUUGAGGCGAGCACCCGCAUGCAAGACACCAGUGUGUCGUUCGGCUACCAGCUAGAUGUGCCUAAAGCCAAUUUACUGUUUAAAGGUUCAGUAGACAGUAACUGGGUAGUCGGUGCAACGUUAGAAAAGAAGCUGCUCCCGCUGCCGCUCUCGCUGGUCCUCUGCACCUUCCUCAACCACAGCAAGAACAAGUUCCAGUGCGGUUUCGGCGUCACCAUCGGUUAGACCGACUUCACAGAACGUGCAGACUCCAUGUACAACACUGUGUCCCAUGACUUCAAUCUGUCGCUCGGUUCUGCCAUUAUCGUGUUAUAAGUUUCAUCAAAAGUGGUGAAUAGAAGGUAAUAAUUUAAAUCUAAUGCAUUUAAUCCUGUAAGAUUAAUCGCCUGAAUGAUCAGAAGUGAAACAAAUAAUGUGAUUGGUCAGGAAUUAGUUGACUGUGGACUGAACACAAACAAUAGGCAGUAGAAGGAUUAUAGAUCCCAGUACGAGACUUUACAGAAUUACAGAGCUCUUUGUUUUUGUCACUGAGUUCAGUGCCUGUCGCUUCAGUCUUGACUUUUUAUUCCUGUUUUUUUUUUUACUGUUAAGUCUGUCUUGGCGUGCGGUGAAUGAAAUAGUUGUCAUUUGCUUGUUUAAAGGUGAUUUAUUGGUUACAAGUUUAGCAGUUAUCAGAAAGGUGCUGUACUGCAUGUCAUGUUCACAAUCCAUCACUUGUUUUGCCUUUUUUUUUUUAUGUUACAUACAUAUGGAACAGUAUAUAUAUGACCUGUAUAUACCUC